AUGGAGAAUUUUUUGCGCGUCUGGCGACAGCAGGCGAAAGUUCGUGGCCAGUACGAUGCGGCCAUUUUUAUCGGAGACAAAGUCCUUGCGUUGACAAACAGCGACGAGGACGCUCUUUGGCUAGCUGAAGUGCAUUUUUCAAAUAACAACUAUACCCGGGCCCUUGCCCUCCUCUCCCGUCAAGACCUCAUCUCGCGGAGCACCGCCUGCCGCUACCUUGCUGCACACUGCUACAUCAAACAAGGACAGUACGAACAGGCCUUGUCGGUGCUCGGCGACCAGAACCCAACCCACCUCUUCCGAAGCAGCAACAGCCGCCGCAAGCUUCAACACGUCAAUGGGCAAAGUCGUAUAACCCUCCGCAACGGGAGAUCUGCUGCGUCGCGCAUCGACCGCACGGAAGAACGAGAGCGCGAAGAUGCUGGGAACAUUCGAUACGAGGCGGGGAUGUGCUACCUUCGAGGCCUCUGCUUCGCGAAGCAGAAUGCAUUUGAUCGUGCGCGUGAUUGCUACAAGGAUGCCGUACGGAUUGACGUGCAGUGCUUCGAGGCCUUUGACCAACUAAUGAAGAAUUCGCUCAUGUCGCCGGCUGAGGAGCUGGAGUUUCUCGAGUCCCUGGACUUUGACUCUAUUACAGGGGCUGACGCGCCUAUUUCGCAAGAGGCGGCGGACUUCACGAAGAUGCUGUACACCACUCGUUUAUCGAAAUACUCAUCCCCAGCCGUUUUGACCGAUGCAACCGAAACACUGUCGACCCAUUACAGACUGUCUGAGAACCCGGACAUACUUCUUUCCCGGGCGGAGGCUCUCUACACCCAGUGCCGAUUCGCGGAAGCGCUAGAACUGACCUCUUCCAUCCUUUCCACAUCGCGAUCGUCUUUGUCGGCGCAGGCCAGCUCCGCAGGUCAAAGCCACUUGGGCCACUCUCCCGCUGUAUAUCCUCUACAUUUGGCAUGUCUAUACGAAACCGGGGCUACAAAUGCCCUAUUCCUCCUCUCACAUACGCUCGCCGACCAUUCCCCCGAAGAAUCAUACACCUACCUCGCUAUUGGGGUAUACUACCUGUCGGUGUCGAAAAUCGCAGAGGCACGGCGUUUCUUUUCCAAGGCGUCGCUGUUGGAUCCGCAUUCAGCGCCAGCAUGGAUCGGGUUUGCACACACGUUUGCAGCAGAGGGGGAGCAUGACCAGGCGAUUGCUGCCUACAGUACGGCAGCGCGACUGUUCCAGGGUAGCCACCUGCCCCAGCUAUUCCUCGGGAUGCAGCACCUGGCGUUGAAUAACAUGUCACUUGCUCAGGAGUAUCUGUGCGCGGCCUAUUCGAUGUCCACAGGAACAGCAGCGGGCACGGUUCCCUCGAUACCCUCGGUGCCGUCCUCUGAGUUGUCGCCUCUGGGCGGAGAUCCUCUGGUAUUGAACGAGCUCGGCGUCGUUCUCUACCAUCAAAACCACCUCGAAGGAGCGGUUGACUUAUUCCGUCAGUCGCUCGUGUUAGCAACGUCUCUAAAAUGCGAGCCCGGCGCAUGGGUUGCGACACGGGCGAAUCUUGGACAUGCCUUGCGGCGAUUAGGGAGGUAUCCCGAGGCACUGGAUGAGUUUGACGAGUGUUUACGAAUUGGUUCAGGCGGUGCAAGUCUUGGGUACAGCCCGUUCCUUGGCGGGAGUGGAGGAAAUGCGUCUGGGGUGGUCUCAUCAGGUGUGAGUGGUUACGAAGAGCGCGGCCUGAUAGGAUCACUCUAUACAGCGCGUGGGCUUGUCCUUUUGGAGUUAAACCGCACCAUGGAAGCAGUCACAUCCCUACACGAGGCAGUGCGUGUGCUGGGAGCGAGCGGUGGCGGUGACGCAGCAGGUGGGGCAGGCGUUGCUGGGACGCUCCUGUCGCGGGCACUGGAGAUUUGGGCACUGGAAACCAACGAGACAGAGGCUGCCAUGUCAGAAGACGGCAACCGAGCGGCCGUGCGGAGUUCAACACGGUCAUCGCGCGACAAGGGCAAAAGCAGGGUAUCGCGGCGACGGAUAGCUGCCGAUGACUCUUACACGGAGGAAUGGACGGACGAGGUCGCGCAGGGUGGAGUGCAAAGCGAGGCAGACGGAUUUCCAGGGUUGACGACGGACACAGUGGAAGAAACAAUCGAGAUGGAGCUGGAUCAGGACGCUGAACGACUUCUUCGCGACUCUGUGGACCGGGUACGCGGGGUACAGCGACGACAGGGACACCCAACGGCGAGUAGCCCGGAAACUGAGAUGCAUCCGCGAGCGCGGGCAAAAGGGCGAGUAAACCUACGGGCGUGA